AUGGAUCGGAUCAAAGCCUGUGGGCCGCCAUCGACGGUUCAGCUGCAACGGGUGCAGGCUCCCAGUCAGCUUACAUCGGUCAACAAGAUGGCCUCAGUCCAGACCAAGCCUCAAGUCGAGCAUGGCAACCCAGUGAGAUCCGAGGUUCGGCAGCGACAAUACCUGACCCAACGGCAGAGCCUACAGAUGGUACAGAUAAUGUUACACGUGUCGUUUGGGACAUUGUUCUAUCUUCGAGAGCUUUUGCCGCUUCCGUGCUUCGAUGAUCGCGACCUGAAAGAAGCCCAACGAGAGCACAAUGUCUCAUAUGGAGAGUUUGUCGGUGAGAAGGCUCAUCCACAGAGUUCACCAGAGACUCCAUUCGGUAAAGGAAAAAGAGGGCAACCGCUCAAGAUCAUAGUCCGGGGUGCUGAUCCGAAAGCGGACAAUAUCCUCGAUGUCCUGGAAACCGGAGUUUUCGACGCUCUCAGCAAGAACGUACUAGAAGCUCUUCAACUGACCAUCUUUGCCGACAAAGAUUCUCCCGACAAUGUCUUGGAGACUUAUACAUUCUCAUUCCGCUAUACUGGGGGGUCUGGUGAUGUGAACCGUCGUCUCGCAAGCAUGUCUAUAGACAGCAUGGGCUGUGUCGCCGACAUGAAAUAUGCACAAACCGCCAGGAUAGGGCUGGAGACGAUCAUCCGGCGUUUGAUAACGCUGAGCACAUUCCUUCCGACCCUGCCAAAUAAACGGAACCUGGGUAUCCACUUGUUCUAUACCCAGGAUUGCCCCCCGGAAUAUGAACCGCCUGGCUUUACCACGGCACGAGAUGAAACCAUCAACUACCCGCGGGACGAUAACUGGAGGAAGGAAUCACAGUCAUGCGGAACAAUGGAUAGCGGUUGGCAUGUUGUUGGCCUUAACGUGACCUCUCUCAAAUGGAUCGGCCCAAGUCUAGGAGAUCUAGAAGCUGUCCCAAAGAUACCCCCGCAGCUCGAAUACGGAGAAGUAGUUAAGAGAAGUGAUGAUAUUGGUUUCUCUGAUGGCAAAGGCUCUCCGCAAAGUGUUAGUGGAGAAGGUGGUCUCAGAAUCACCCACAACGAGACAUCUCACUCAGACUGGGACCAAUCAUCCAUCAGAAGUGGGGACGCAAAUAGCAGUUUGGAGAUCUCUACACCCUCGCAAGAUGUUGCUGAUAGGCAGAGACUACAAAUGAUGAUGCAGUCACAGGAGAUGGCGCCUUAUCCAGACAGUGACAUCCCUCCAACACAGCCCAUCAAUGAGGACAAUAUAGCUGAAAAACAGGCUGAAUUUACCCCUGAGAUUGUACCGAUCGUAUCUCUAUCUCCGGAAAAGAUCAUCAAGAUUCGAGAAUUUCAAUCUGCUGGUAAACCCAGUCUAUCGACCGACGAGUUUCUCAGCGAGCAGGAUGAAGGCGUUGUCAGGUGCCAAUGCGGCUGGGAAGGGGAAGAAGCAGGCAUGAUACAAUGCGCUUUCUGUUUCAAGCACCAGCACGCGCGAUGUUAUGGAUUUGAGAACACCGGGGACCACAGAAUCCCUGAUGUGCAUACCUGUUAUCAAUGUUUAUUGGAGCAGGAUGAACCCGCCGUUCUUCGUGAUAUGGGCAGUCUUGUUCUGCUUAGAAGGGCAGUCAGGAUUAUACUAAACGAAGGAUUCCCAAAUAGGACCUCGGAGUUUAUGCAAAAGCUUCGUUGCAAUGGGCAGACAGUCAUUCAAAUAACAGAUCUCUUGAGGAAGAAGGGGAUCCUGCAGGCAACGCCAGGAUACAAGGCUAAAGGGUUCUUGCAAAAAGGUCUACCCAAGUUCAGUGUUUCUGCCUCAGAUGAGGUGCGUCAAAUGAUCGACAGGGAAAUCCUCGAUCCGAUGCUGAAAAUCAAACAAUACCAGUAUGUGUAUCCAGGGUCAAACGAGUCUACGAUACUCGAACCGGACACUGAAAAGACCGACGCUGCCGUUGACGAUCUAUCUCUUCAGAUCCAAGAAGCCGGAGUGAAGAAACAGAAAGAAAACUCUCAGACGCCGAGCCGCUCUAUGAGGAGCUCGGAUGCUGAUAGUCCGAGUGUACCAGGGGCAAGACAAACUCGUAAAAGGACACAGAUGCUAGAAAGCAUGGAAAAGAUGCGCCAAGCAGAAGAAUCCGAAAAAGCCAAGAAGUCUACACAGCGAGAGUUCACAAGCAAGCUCCGGGGUGCAGACACCGGAAAACGAGGACCUGUGCAGAAAGCUAAUAUCAAUGCCCCGAAGGUUACGACUACCCCGAAGACCACACCUCGAAAGAGAUCUCCUCCCCAGUCGUUCAACGAAGGAGAGCUGCGCCGUAGCAGCAGAAAGAGGCGCAAGGCGAGUAAUUAUGCCAAGCCGAUUGAUGUCGGAGCCGAAACAAGUGAUUAUCAGAGCACAUAA